CACAGAGGCUGAAGCCUUGUUCUGGACAGUUACUCUCAAGAAAGUUGUCAGAAGAAACGCAUCUGCCUUUUUUUCCAGGUGAACUGCCGUGAGUUGUCCAGCAUGAUAGUGUUUAUUUUCUUGGCUAUGGGGCUAAGCUUGGAAAAUGAAUACACUUUCCAAACCAAUAAUUGCACAUAUUUAAGAGAGCAAUGCUUACGUGAUGCAAAUGGAUGUAAACAUGCUUGGAGAGUAAUGGAGGAUGCCUGCAAUGAUUCAGAUCUAGGUGACCCCUGCAAGAUGAGGAAUUCAUCAUACUGUAACCUGAGUAUCCAGGACUUAGUGGAAAGCAAUUUCCAAUUUAAAGAGUGCCUUUGCACUGAUGACUUCUAUUGUACUGUGAACAAACUGCUUGGAAAAAAAUGUAUCAAUAAAUCAGAUAACACAAAAGAGGAUAAAUUCAAAUGGAAUCUAACUACACGUUCCCAUCAUGGAUUCAAAGGGAUGUGGUCCUGUUUGGAAGUGGCAGAGGCAUGUGUAGGGGAUGUGGUCUGUAAUGCACAGUUGGCCUCUUACCUUAAAGCUUGCUCAGCAAAUGGAAAUCCGUGUGAUGUGAAACACUGCCAAGCAGCCAUACGGUUCUUCUAUCAAAAUAUACCUUUUAACAUUGCCCAGAUGUUGGCUUUUUGUGACUGUGCUCAAUCUGAUAUACCUUGUCAGCAGUCCAAAGAAGCUCUUCACAGCAAGCCAUGUGCAGUGAACAUGGUUCCACCCCCUACUUGCCUCAAUGUAAUUCGCAGCUGCCAAAAUGAUGAAUUAUGCAGGAGGCACUAUAGAACAUUUCAGUCAAAAUGCUGGCAGCGAGUGACUAGAAAGUGCCAUGAAGAUGAGAAUUGCAUUAGCACCUUAAGCAAACAGGAUCUCACUUGUUCAGGAAGUGAUGACUGCAAAGCUGCUUACAUAGAUAUCCUUGGGACGGUCCUUCAAGUGCAAUGUACCUGUAGGACCAUUACACAAAGUGAGGAAUCUUUGUGUAAGAUUUUCCAGCACAUGCUUCAUAGAAAAUCAUGUUUCAAUUAUCCAACCCUGUCUAAUGUCAAAGGCAUGGCAUUGUAUACAAGAAAACAUGCAAACAAAAUCACUUUAACUGGAUUUCAUUCCCCCUUCAAUGGAGAAGUAAUCUAUGCUGCCAUGUGCAUGACAGUCACCUGUGGAAUCCUUCUCUUGGUUAUGGUCAAGCUUAGAACUUCCAGAAUAUCAAGUAAAGCAAGAGAUCCUUCACCGAUCCAAAUACCUGGAAAACUCUGAUUCAUUAGGAGUCAUGGACCCAUAACAAUCACUCUUUUCUCUGCUUUUCUUCUCUCCUCUUUUCUUCUCUCCUCUUUUCUCCUCUCCUCUCCUCUCCUCUCUUCUCCUCUCCUCCCCUCCCCUCUCUGUUUCUGUUUCUUUUUCUUUUCCUUUUUGAGGCGGAGUUUUGCUCUUGUUGCCCAGGCUGGAGUGCAAUUGCUCAAUCUCGGUUCACUGCAACCUCUGCCUCCCAGGUUCAAGCGAUUUUCCUGCCUCAGCCUCCUGAGUAGCUGGGGAUUACAGGUACCCGCCACCACGCCCAGCUAAUUUUUUUGUAUUUUUAGUAGAGAUGGGGUUUCGCCAAAUUGGCCAGGGUGGUCUCAAACUCCUGACCUCAGGUGAUCCGCCUGCUUCGGCCUCCCAAAG